UGCUGCUGCUCUCUGUAUGGUUGCCACGGACGCCGUCUCCUCUCAGCGGCGCCGUUAGCUAGCGGGCAGUAGGCUAACGGGUUAACGGGUUAUUCCUACACUAUAUAAGCUAAUUUUAGCUAUUAUAGCUCAGCUGAGGACACCGGGACUCUCGGAGAAGCGGUUACUGUGAUUAAUAAGAGGAGACACCACCCGCAAUGUCAUUUAUAUUUGACUGGAUCUACCGAGGCUUUAGUGGUGUACUACAGUUCCUUGGUCUGUAUAAGAAAACAGGGAAGCUGGUGUUCCUAGGGUUGGAUAAUGCUGGGAAGACGACACUGCUGCACAUGCUGAAGGAUGACCGGCUGGGACAGCAUGUGCCUACACUACAUCCUACCUCAGAAGAGCUGACCAUUGCUGGAAUGACCUUCACAACAUUUGAUCUCGGUGGUCACGUACAAGCCAGGAGAGUGUGGAAGAAUUAUCUCCCAGCUGUGAAUGGCGUGGUAUUUCUUGUCGACUGUGCAGAUCACGAGCGGCUCGCUGAGUCAAAGGUUGAGCUUGAUGCACUGCUGUCAGAUGAGACUAUAUCUAACGUGCCGAUCUUGGUGUUGGGGAAUAAAAUCGAUCGUCCAGAGGCAGUGAGUGAAGUGAGGCUACGAGAAGUCUUCGCUCUUGAUGGACAGACCACUGGGAAGGGAAGCGUGUCACUGAAGGAGCUAAAUGUACGUCCGUUAGAAGUCUUCAUGUGCAGUGUUCUGAAGAAACAGGGCUAUGGAGAAGGCUUCCGCUGGCUCUCUCAGUACAUCGACUGAGUGGAGAGUCAUGGACAAGAUUCCUACUUCUGACUUCUGAUAAGCAUUUUGAUAAUGGGGCCCAGGAAGAGAACUGGGUAUUGGUAUAAAGACACUAAUCCACCCUCAGAGUCCAACACUCUCAACAUUCAUCCUGGAAUGUAAAAUGCAGAUAUGAUUUUAAGUUAUGUUGUCUAAAAACCUCAGACCUAUAAAGGUAUUUAACAUUGUUGUUUGGGCCAGUCAGCUAUUCAUGUCAAGUCACACAUAUGUACAUAUGUCCAGUGUUUUUAUUUAUUCUUGAAUCUUUUAAACAUGAACAUAUUCCCUUGUGUCCUCAGGCACUGCUGUCAGAUGUACACUAUUUCUGCAGUCUGUUUCUGAAUAUGUGUGCUUAUAUGUGACAUAUUUUAUUGUAGUGUAAUAUCUAUUUGGUAUAAUACAGCACUUUGAGUUUAGGCUGGAGCACGGCUUUUGCUGAAGUAGUAGGAAGUACUGCCAACAUGAAGUUAUAUCGAUAGAACCCAAAAUGCAAAGACAUACGUUUUAAAAGGCUUGGAUUUUCCCUAAAAACAUUUAUAAAUGAAUGGAAGUCGCUUCCUGUGACUGGAGUGUUCACUCCCAGUCCUGGGUGAGGCUGUGCUUCAGCAUAUUUUGGCAAUUUCCCUCCUUAAAUCCAUGUGUUAAUUGCAGUGAUAAUAUUGGAAUAGCAGUAUUAAUGAGUAUCUGGAUCAGGCCAGUAUCAGAAUGGGAAAGGAGGGUAGAAUAAAUUUGAUCUGAUCCUGUUAGACAUCUAUACUAAAAUAGCACACACUCAGACUUUGUGCUGAGUGUUUGAAAAGCUUUUAGAAAAUAUUCGGUCAUACAAUGAGGGCAAUUUAAGGGCACUGUAAUAGUAGAAAAAAUAAAGCCAUAAUAUUAAGUCAUGCAAUAUGGCAUUCCAGGAAUUAAAUCAUAAUACUUGGAGAAUAAAGACAUAAUACUUAAGGAAUAAGUUGUAAUGUUUUGAUAUUUGAGUUGCUACUACCAGGAAAGUCGCAUUAUUAUGACCAAAAAGUUGCAAAAAUUAGAUAUUAACAGUCUCCUGUUAAAAUGAGGCAGGCUGAUGAUUUUGGUUGUUAUAUACUAUAAUAAUAUCUUGGUCUCUUAGUAUAAGAACAUUGGCAUGUCUGUGCAGAUCUUUAUUUAGACAAAAGAAGCAGAUGUGGAGGAAGAGUAUUUUUGGUAAAGUUGCCCAUUUCUACAGAGCUAUCAGUGGGAACAUCUCAAUGCUAGUCUAAGAGGGCAUGUAAUUAAACCCUUUGACCAUAAUAUUGUGACUUUUCUUGGUAGUUGUACCACAUGGUGGUAUUAAUGGUGGAAUUUUAUGACUUUAUUUUCUAAAUAAUUAUGACUUUAUUCUCGAAAAUAUUAGUGUUAUUCUUAAUGUCUACUUAUUUUACUUUUAAAUCCCGUCAUAGGGCCAGGAUUACCCCAAACUCUACAUUUUUAAUAUCAGUAUUGUAAACCAAAAACUAGUAUUGUUCAAGCCUUCAGGACCGGGAGUAAAUACCCAGGAUCUAUUAUCUGCAGGUUUGCAUACACCCUAUUAGAUUACAUCCCUGCUGAAAAAUCCAGCUCCUCUCAAACAUUUGCUAGUAGCUGAUUUUUGAUAGUAUUAGAUGGACUGUAAUGGUGAAAAAGAUGCUCAUCUAAUCAAAAACAUACCCUGUACGGAAGGGGUGGAACAAAAUAUCAAUAUUUAGAUUUCAUUUGCGAUACAUUAUUGAUAUUGGCAUCAAAUAUGGAUGUGUUUAUAUUUUUUGUACAAUAUAAGCACCCCAAAGUAAGAAUCCCAGAGUUUGGUCAUACUGGUUGUCUAGUUUGGUAACGGUGGUAGCUUGGAGGAUAACCAUGCUUGUAGACCAGAUAAACCAUCAAACUUUCAAAAAAACAAAACAAAAAAAAAAACCCUGUGCUGGUCAAGACUUGAACCAGCUUGAGCUGACCAGACUGUUUAUUUCAGCAAGGAUGUACUGUCAAUUCGUAUUGUCUGAGUAUAAAUAAGAUUACAUAUCCUCUACAGAAAGCAAAAAAGAUUAUAUGAGAGCUAAUACAUUUAUUCAAACCACUUUUGUAUAGGAAUUGUGCAUUUGAUGUGUGAAGAAGGGUGUUUUCUGUGGAGGAUUUGUAAAUGUUUUUUUUUUUUUAUUCAGGCUUUUGCAUAUACAACUAUAUAUGUGAUAGUAUGUAUGUGUGUGGCGUUAAUACUUGAUUUUAAUUUAUGUAUUUAAUUAACUGAAUUGUAGAUAAAAAAAGUAUAAUGAAGUACAUAAUAAUAUUAUAUCUAGUUCAUACAUGAUGUUUAUCAUUAAUAACUUAUUUAAGAUUAAUAGUAAAAGGUCAUGCAGCCUCUGUUCCCUAUAUGUUUAUGAAGCAAUAACACUUCAGCGUGUGAAUAUUUAACGAGUGGAAUGGAAGGAAGAUCCUGUUCUGCAGACUUUUUACUCAUUCAUGACUUUGAUGUCCAUGGCUGUUUAAAUUUGUAUAGCCCUUCAGGCUGUAGUGACACCACAUAGAACCAACCCCCUGCGUCACACGGGGGUGAUGCAAACAUGACAAAGUAUGGCUAGCUUGUGAAAUACUAAUAUAAUUUUCUCUGAGAUGUUCUAAAAGUAAUAUAUUAAAGUGUACAGUAUAUGUGUCAUAUUGUAGAUAAUGUUCAUACUGUGUUCUGCCUGAAUUCUAGAUCUUCUUGCUAUAUUGCAGAGUAAUACGUGUCUGAGGAUUCGUCUGCUGCAGGUAUUUGGUGAAUAUCAGUGGUUUGUGUUUGAAGCACUGAUAGGAGAGUAUGUGCAGCAUUAAGUAGCUAAUGAAUGUGGUUCUCAUUUAUCAGUGUUUGCACACUUGUAAAUAUUGUAUAAUGAAGUCCAUAUGUGUUUCUACACUUCAUAGCCUUGAACUGAAUCCAGGUAUUUAAAUGUUUAAACUGAUUAUGUACUAUUAUGUAUGUAAGAAAAUGUCAUCUAUAAAUAUUUUGAACAAUCCAA